UAAAUUUUUAUAUUUUUUUUUUCAUUUGAUCGGGUGCGGUUGUUAAUAAUACAUAUGAAUAAAUCGGCGAAUAAUAUAAAAUGGGUUAUCAAAAAUUUUUAGUAAUAGUAUUUAAUUUAAUAAUUAUAGUAAGAGCAUUUAAUGUAUCACCGAUGCCAAAUUUAAUAAUUAAGGAACCAACAAUUGGUCGAUAUCUUCCCAAACUUCGCUCAUCUUAUUUUGGAUAUACAUUACUAUUAAAGCAUAGAAGUAUAUUUAUAGGUGCUCCAAGGGCUCAAUCAUCUACUGAAAGUCAAAGAAAUAUAAAUGAAACUGGUCUUAUAUAUAAAUGUACAUUGGAAUCUGGAUCAUCCGGGCAUUGUGUUGUUUAUUUAAUUGAUAAAAAAGGUAACGAACAUUCCGAAGACAAUGAGCAUACCAUUGAUAGCAAAAAGAAAGAUUUCCAAUGGCUGGGCGGCUCUUUAGAUGGUGGUCCAAAAAGUUCAGAACCUUUAAUAGCAUGUGCUCCGAGAAUGAAAGCUGAAACAAGAAAUGAUUACUUAAUGCAUGGAAUAUGUUAUAAAAUUUCAGAUACAAUUGAUGAACAGCCUACAAUUAUUAAAACAAUAUCACCAUUAAAAGGAACAAGUCAACAAAUUUGGGAAAAUAGUUUUGUUUACGCAUUCGGCCAAUCUGGUUUUAGUUUGCAUUGGACCGGUGAAGAGGAUGAAAUUCUUACGGGGGCGCCUGGUAUAUAUGAUUGGAAAGGAUCUGUAAUUCGUUAUCGUGCUGAGGAAGAUAAAGAUUUAGGUGGUAUGCAAAAACGUGAUGUUCAAAUUCAAUAUAAUUUAGAUGAAAAUAAAAAAUUCGUAAGCUCUGUCCCAAAUCCAAAUUUAUGGAAUCAGCCAGAUUUUUCAUAUUUCGGUUAUUCUGUCAGUUCAGGGUAUUUUAAUGUUGAUUCAGAACGAAAAUUAUUGUACGUUUCAAGUGCACCACGUGCCAAUAAUUAUGAUGGUGAAGUCUAUAUAUAUGAUAUCAUUAAGGAUAAUAAAUCUAAAUACUAUAAUAUAAAAAAAUAUCAAACGUUUAGUGGAACACAAUUUGGAGAAUUUUUUGGUUACACUGUUGUAACAGAAGAUAUUAAUGGAGAUGGUCAUACUGACAUUAUUGUCUCAGCUCCGCUUUAUGCUAAAACUAAUGUAUACGACUGUGGUGCUGUAUAUGUUUAUUUAAGUCUCGGGAAAAAUUUUAUUUUUGAUGAAACUGUUCUACAAUCACCUAAUCAAGAUCCAGGAAGAUUUGGUACAAGUAUAUCAUUAUUGGGUGACAUUAAUCAAGAUGGUUAUAAUGAUUUAGCGAUAAGUGCACCAUUUAGCGAAAAUGGAAAAGUUUAUAUUUAUUUAGGAGGUAAAAAUGGUUUAAACUCGAAACCAAGUCAAACUAUAACGGCACCAAAUAAUGAAAAUGCAAAUGGCAAUCAUAUGUUUGGACAUGGUUUAUCAAAAGGUUUAGAUAUCGAUGGAAAUGGAUUCAAUGAUUUUGCCAUUGGUGCACCCAAUUCUGACUUAGUUUAUUUAUAUAAAUCAUACCCAAUUGUAAAAAUUUUUAGUACAAUUGAUUCAACAUCACGUGAAAUUCAGCAAGAUCAAAAAAAGCUUCGAAUAAGAGUUUGUUUUAAAAUGAAAACGAAUUCUGAGAAUCCUGAAAAGACAGCAAAUCAAGAUUUAAGAGUAAAAAUUGAUGCAGAUACUCUUUUGAAACGAGUGAGAUUCAACGAUGGAAACUAUAAUUUAAAUGAUGUUAUAAAUUUAAGACCCGAAAUGAAUAAGUGCAAGGAGUAUGAAACCAAUAUUCAAUUUAAUUUAGAAGAUAUUUUUAAACCAAUUGAAUUUAAAAUGAGUUUCGAAUUAGUCCAUCGUGUUGUUAAUACCGAGGAAUUUUGCGGCAGAUGUGCUGCAUUGGAUCCAUCCCAUCCGAAUUCUAUGAUUUAUAGAAUAGCAUUUAGUACUGGUUGUUCAAAUGAAAUUUGUAUUGCUGAUUUGAAUAUUAAUAGUCAUGGAUUAAGUAAGACGUUCGUAAUUGGAAGUAGUAAUAUUAUAAGUAUUGAGUACAAAGUACGGAAUGAUGGUGAAACUGCAUAUUUACCACAAUUAAACGUAACAUCUUCAAAUAAUAUGCCUUUUGCAAAAGUACCAUCAAUGUGUAGUGUUGAACGGAAUUUGUUGUUGUGCGAUCUAAAUCAAGGUCAACCAAUGCACACUGGAAAAAUUGAUUCAAUAACAAUAAGUUUUGAUGCUAGUAAUAUUGACGUGAAAUAUUUGGAAAUCACAGCACAAGUAUUCAGUACCGGUAAAGAAAAGAAUGUAAUUGAUAAUUCUGUUACCGAUACAAUAAAAAUGAUUGAGCAUAGUUCUGUGGAUGUAAUUCGAACAAAUGCAAAUGAAAUGAUAACCUUAGAUGAAAAGAGUGGUAUGCAUGAAUUCAUUAAUAAAUAUGAGAUUAGAAAUAAUGGACCUAGUAUAAUAAAAGAAGCUACAAUUAAAAUAUCAGUUCCACUCGAAUAUUUAAUACCAAAAACAACAACAUUUGUAACAAUUAUUAGUUCAGAAAAUGUGACAAUUAAAGCAAAUUAUGCCUCAUAUAAUUUAAAUCCAACUUAUUAUGAAAAAGGUGAAGUAGUAAACCGAAAAGAAAAUAAUUAUGGGGGUAAUGAAGCAAGUAAUAUGCUAUAUCUACCUGUUUCUGAUUCCUUAGAUGCUAAUAAAUAUGAUCAUUCAAAGUUUGGUUAUGAUCCUGAACAUCAUAAUGAUGAUUUCAAUGUUGAUAAUGAUGUUCACAAUUUUGCUAUGAGAAAACGACGUUUUAGUGAAUUUAAACCUGAAAUUGAAAUUAACGAAACUGAAAUAAAGAUGUCACGUAUAACAGAAGAGAAGUUGUCUGGAAAAAUUAGUCAUGAACUUGUCGGUACACUGCCAAUCAAUAAAGUUAUAGAAUUUCAAUGUAAUGAUCCAAAUGAAUCAGAAUGUGUUGAUAUUGUUAUGAAAGUUAAUAAUUUUCGUAUAAGUGUUGAUCGAGGCAUUAAUAUUGACUUAAGAUUCAUUGUUAAUUUAGAUGAAAUCAAUAAGGUAUUGAUAGAUGAAAAAAUAUUUUUCUUUAUAUCAAAUGUAUUUAAUAUUACACGAACCGGUGACGAAUCAGGGGAAUCUUUGGAUAUUAACAAAGGUACACACUAUGUGAUUGUAUCAAAAUAUCGAAUUUCUUCGACACCUAUUUGGGUUAUUGUUCUAUCAGUUUUAGCUGGUCUUAUACUAUUGGCUGUUAUGAUUUUCAUAAUGUACAAGUAUGGAUUUUUCAAUAGAUUAAAACCGAAUCGUGAUAUGACAAAAACAGCUGAUCUUGGUGCUACUGAACCAAUGUUAAAUUCAAAUAAUGCAGAAGAGAUUGCAACAUAACAUGAGAUUCCAAUAAUAUUGAAAAGUGUCCAAUUUAUUUGGCUAAUGCUUACAAGUCUAGUACGGAUUCAGCUAUACUUAUUUAUGGACUAAGAAUGUUUUAUUAUAUUAAUAUUUUGUAUUAAGAAAAAGCACACUAUUACUAUGAUUUUUAAUACUUGAACACAAAUAUUGUGUUGGA